ACAAUAUAAUUACAACGCUCACAAUAAGCACAUUUCAAACCCUCAAGCCCGUUCUUCAAGAACCCCAACUUCAUACCAUGGCUGGUCGCGGCAAGGGCAAGACCUCGGGCAAGAAGGCCGUGAGCCGCAGCGCCAAGGCCGGCCUGCAGUUCCCUGUCGGCCGCAUUGCGCGCUACCUGAAGAAGGGCAAGUAUGCCGAGCGCAUCGGUGCCGGCGCGCCUGUGUACCUGGCCGCUGUGCUGGAGUACCUGACCGCUGAGGUGCUGGAGCUGGCUGGCAACGCCGCCCGCGACAACAAGAAGAACCGCAUCGUGCCCCGCCACAUCCAGCUGGCCAUCCGCAACGAUGAGGAGCUGGGCAAGCUGCUGGGCGAGGUGACCAUCGCCUCGGGCGGUGUGCUGCCCAACAUCCACGCCGUGCUGCUGCCCAAGAAGACCAAGGGCGGCAAGGGCGAGGAGACCGCCUAAGCAAUUUCAUUCCCACUUG